CCAUUCGAGCAAUAAUUAAGUAUUAAGUUGUUUUUGUUAUGGUUAUGUCGACGUGGAAUUAAGGUUUUUAAUUUAUUUUUAAAGUUCAUUUUUUGUUAUUUGUUUUAAUGAUUUAUUUUAUGACUGUAUAAAAAGGAAAAUCACAAAAAAUAUGGAAUAUAAAUCGGAACAAACAGUCGAAAUUACAAUGAGCGAUGUAGCAAGUUCCGAUGACGAAGACGCCUACGAUGUCGAAGACAACAAAUUCGAGUUUGUAUUUAACUUUCAACAAACCCUCACAAACAUUUCUGAUGUUGUAUUUUUUCAGAAUUCAUACCGAAAAUGCAUGUUUAGUAAAUACAAAAACGGACCCUGAUGAGGAAAAUCUAGAUGACAAUAAUAUGAUAAUUAAAACAGAAAAUAUCAAACAAGAAAUUAAUACUGAAGAAGAUGUUUUAAUGAAAGCUGAGUUUGAGGACACAAUAUUAAUGAAGACUGAAGAAAAUAAUAACGAAGAUAUAUUGUCAAAUCAAAUAAACGUUUUAAUUAAACAAGAAAUUGAUGAUAUGGAAUUUAGUGACAAUUAUUUCAAGCGAAGAAAAAGUGAUGACGAAGAUGUUAAUGUCGAUCAAAUAAAUUUGGCUGAAAAACUCAAUCAUUCUCCUCCUAGGCUUGAAAAUGAUAAAAACAACAAAAGAACUUCAAAAACAAAAAAAUCCAACCAUAAGCUUAUUCGCUGUGAAGAUUGCGACUACACAACAACCAAAAAAAAUUCUUUCAAAAGACACGAGAGGUACCACAAAGACCCAUACGAGCAGAUUUGGUACCAUUGCACAGAGUGCAGCUACAAAACUAUGCAAAGGAGCCAUCUCAGACGCCACGAUAUGGUGCAUAAGCCAGCUAGUGAAAUGAAAUAUUUCACUUGCGCCAUAUGCGAAUAUAAAUUCAAACAAAAGUGCACUUUGAGAAGGCAUAUUAAAGAUGUGCAUUGUACUAAUACAUCAAAACCAAAUCCAUUCUAUCAGGAGCUUUUUGAGUGCGCUCAAUGCCCUUAUACAACUUCCAGAAAAGGCUUAUUGGUGACGCACAUGGACAAACACAAAGAUGUGCAAUACAUUUGCGAUAUUUGUUCGUUUUCGACGAAAUAUCGCAGAAAUUUGAGGGUGCACUUGGAAAUUCACGGAAAAUUCGAUUUGUUAAUACACGAGUGCAAUAUUUGUAAAUUUCAGACUAGAAUGGGGUAUUGUUUGAGGAGGCACUUUUUGUCCAAAAAACAUUUGGCAAUGGUCGGGAAAUUAAACGAAUAUUGUCCUAGGCCAUUGAAAAUGAAAGAAGAUGUUUGAAAUAGUCAGAAACUCACUUAUAUUGGAUGGAGUUAUACCAUCUAUAGUCAGUUAGGUUUAUUUUUCCAUGAGAUUGUUUAUUAAUGUUGUACAUAUAAUGUGAUAUUUUAUGAGUUUUAUCUACAUCAAUAAACAUUUUUUAUAUUUACUUAUAUGAUAAUUAAUUUGUCUACCAAUUAUUUUCUAAUUUGUAUCUCUUUGUUUGGGGGAUUAGGAGGACUCUUAUGUUAAAAUAAAAAGUACAAAAUUGUGUUCAGCAACUUUCUUUUUGGAAUUAUUCAAACAAAAAUAACUUCUUUUUUUAAAUAGCCUUGAUAAUUUAUUUUACAAUAUUAAACUUUCUUUUUUGGCACAAAUCUGUCCAAAACAUUGAAAGGCUUCUUUUUCUUUUUGCUGUCUUUAGCUUCAGGCAGGAUAUCUUUAGUUGCUUGAAUAAAC